AUGGCAUUCCGUUACCUCAUCUCCUUGUGCGCCCUGGUGGCCUAUGCCAAUGCUGGUCUCCUUGCCAGCCAUGUGGCUUACGCUAAUCCUGCCGUCGAUGCCGUUGCUUCCACCCAGCAGAAUGUGGUUCGCUCCUUUGCCGGCACUGUGUCCAGCCACUCAAAGGCUAUAGAUACACCCUACUCCAGCGUGCGCAAGUCGGACACUCGCAUCCAGAACAAUGUCUAUACUCCGGCUAUUGCGAAGACAACCUAUGCCGCUCCUCUGUAUACUCAAGCAACACCUGUGGUCCAGAAGACUGUAUAUGCAGCUCCUGCUCCUGUUGUGCACAAGACUGUCUAUGCUGCUCCUGCUCCAGUUGUGCACAAGACUGUCUCAUAUGCUGCUCCAGCUGUCACCUAUGCAGCACCCGCACCAGUGCUGCAGAAGACUGUCUAUGCUGCUCCUGCUCCAGUUGUGCACAAGACUGUCUCAUAUGCUGCUCCAGCUGUCACCUAUGCCGCACCAGCACCAGUUGUGCACAAAACUGUCUAUGCUGCCCCCGCUCCAGUUGUGGCCAAGACUUCAUAUGCCGCUCCAGCUGUUGCCUAUGCUGCAUCCGCACCCGUCCUUGCCAAGACUGUCUCGUACGCAGCACCACUGGCCACCACCAAUGUGAAUCACGGACCGUCUGCCACCACCUACACCCACAAUGCACCCGCUCUGGGCGUGUCCAGCUAUGGCAGCUCCCAGACCGUUCACUACUCGCCUGCGGAGAGCGUCUCGCACAUGAGCUUCGAUGGUUUCGGCACCCACUGGGGUUUCUAA